AUGACUGAUAAAUUAAUUUUAACAGGUAUGCCUGAAGAACAGAAUGUUCAUUCCACUACAGGUUAUGAAUACAUUAUUGGACCGAAACAAUCGCUACCCAAUGAAGCUAAUGCACCAUACAUUCCCUCAAAAAUUUAUUCUGAAUCAAUAUUGUACAAAAAACAACAAGUGUCUCUCAUGAGUAUGGCAUUUUUGUAUCAAGAAUUAAUAUCGCAAAUUUAUAAGAAUAGCAAAACUUCUACAGAGUUCGAAACAAAGUUAAGCAACCAUGGUUCAAAUAUAGGCUUUAAAUUAUUAGAUUUACUGAACUUGAGAGCUUCAGUACCCUCAAGUGCUAGGAGUUCUACUUUUCUACCUUCAAAUGCUUCCUUAACGGGUGGGAACACGGGAGAAACUGGUGGGGCGAGUACAAAUACAAAUACUUCAACGAUAUUGACCGGAUACAUUGACAAGAGUUACGAGAGCAACGAAUCUCUGUCUAAUAUGAUUAGUCAAUUGAGACGCCGUGAUUUAAAAAUUAUCGAUAUUUUACAAUUUAUUCAUGGCAGUGUGUGGUCGUAUUUAUUUGGUGCACCAAGUAACGAUCUGGUGAAGUCUUCAGAGCGUGAAAAUGAAUAUAUGAUUGUAGAUAACGAACCAGUACUAACACAAUUCAUAUCGGGAAAUUUUUCUUGUAAUUACUUCAUGUGUGGUUUAAUCAAAGGAUUCCUUUCACAAGCAGGCUUCGAAUGUACUGUAUCGCCACAUCCGGAUGUCGAUGAAAUAUACCCAAACAGAGUAGUAUACUUGAUCAAGUUUGAGAAACAAGUACUGGAGAGAGAAGCAUUAAAGUUCGGAGCAUAA